UACAAAUAAUCUGACGAAAACCAUUUCCUCGUUACAAAGUUAUAGAUAAAGGUUUACUUAGGUGAUGUACGAUGUCUGGUCUACAGACCUACUUUGUCCCACGAGUUCUCUCCUCCAAGAUCACACGAGUCAUUCUUAUCAAGGAGCAGACGACAGUGCAUGGGCGUGCAGUACUUGUACAUGUAAACCAGUAGACAUCCAUAGCGUAUAACAAGACAAUAUGGAGACCAAGUUCUACGUUAUCGCAUUCGCUGCGGUGACUGUUAUUUUAAUUGCUUCGUCUGUUUCGGCUCAAAUUAGUGAUUCUCCGUAUGUAAGCAAUGGAAGCCUGACUUUUCAAAACCGGACAUUCUAUUUAGACGGGAACCCGCUCCGUAUCUUGAGUGGAAGUUUGCACUAUUUCCGUGUCGUUCCGGAAUACUGGUGGGACCGGAUGCGGAAGAUGAAGGCGUGUGGAUUAAACACAUUGACACUGUAUGUGCCUUGGAAUCUGCAUGAACCAUAUCCCGGGAAAUAUAAUUUCAAAGGAAUACUUGAUUUAAAGAGGUUCAUCAAUAUGGCGCACAGAGCUGGCCUCUACGUCAUCUUCCGACCCGGGCCAUACAUCUGUUCCGAAUGGGAUUAUGGGGGACUCCCGCCUUGGUUGUUACGGGAUCCCGACAUGAAAGUGAGGACAAAUUACCAUGGCUACCAGUCACGUGUCCAGAGUUACUUCUCCCGGUUGAUGUCAGAGGUGUCGGAUUUACAGCACCACAAAGGGGGCCCAAUCAUUGCGGUUCAAGUGGAGAACGAAUUCGGUUCCUACAGCAACGACACAGGCCACUUAUUGUUUCUGAAGAAGACACUGAUAGACAACGGCAUCCGGGAACUUUUCUUUACGUCAGACGGCUACUUCAACUAUACGGAGGGUCUAAACGGACUGGACAACGCCCCUUUUUACACAGAAGCGCUCCCUACCGUCAACUUUCAGGACAUCGAACAGGGGGAGCAACUCUUUCGCAAAGUGGAGGCUCUCAGUGAUGACUUCCCUUUGAUGGUCACUGAGUACUGGUCAGGCUGGUUUGAUCACUGGGGAACCGAGCACCACUCCCAGUCCCUCCAGGAUUUUGGAAGCACAUUGACGGCAAUAUUGAAUCGCUCUGCUUCUGUUAACUUCUACAUGUUUCAUGGAGGGACAAAUUUUGGUUUUAUGAGCGGAGCAAACUGGGACUUUAAGGAAAUUACGUUAAAGACUGACGUCACUUCCUAUGAUUACGAUGCAUUACUAACGGAAGCGGGAGAUAUUACAGAGAAAUACAGAAUCGCUCGACAAUUAAUCUAUGAAGCCACAAAAGAGAGAAAUCGUCCUGAAAUCCCAUACGACACUCCCAAAGAAGACUGGGGCGCAGUGAGCAUCAAGCAGUAUAUGCCGCUAGAGACUAUCCUGACACUAACAAAGAAAUUCAGUGAGAAUGGGACCAUUCCCAUGGAGAUGCUUGACCUUCAUUCUGUGGACGGAGUUGACUUUGGAGGUCAGAGGUACGGGUACAUCCUGUACCGGGUCAACAUCACUGAGGGUCACAACCUGACCUUUACGGAGUUCCCCAGGGACAGGAUAGAGGUGUUUGUGGAUGGUAACUCCGUGGCCAUUCUGGAGGGUAUGGUGGACAAUGUGAAUGUGAACAUCUCUAGAGGACGGCACACCGACACACAGCCGAAAGGAAGAGUUCUGGAUAUUUUGGUUGAGAAUAGAGGACGUGUGAACUAUGGACUUAUGGGAACCACGAUACUGGACGAACAGUUGAAAGGUCUAAACAACAAUUGCUUUUUGGACGGCGAGCCACUGACUGAUGUGGAGAUCUACCCGCUGGAGUUUGAUGACGACUUCUACAAACGCCUGAGCGGCAAUCAUGAAUGGGAGGUAUACAGCGGACAGACGGACCUACCAGGGUUCUAUAGAGGGCGACUGUUCAUUGGUUACACCCCGCUCGACUCCUAUCUCAGUAUGAAGGACUGGACCAAGGGCUUUGUCUACGUUAACGGUCACAAUGUGGGUCGUUACUGGAACAAGGGUCCCCAACAGACUCUGUUUGUCCCGGGCCCCUACCUCAGGCAGGGCUUCAAUGAGAUCAUAAUAUUUGAACAACACAAGUCAAACAACAGCGUCAAGUUUCAAGAGACCUAUGUUCUAGAUGCUCUGCAAGAUGAUGUCGGCCAUGCGUGAUGCUUAACAUAAUUAUCAUACAUGUAUAACUGUGGAUAUUGCAAUUUCCCCCACGUUAAGUUGAUCUCAUUAGCUCUCAUUAGCUGUCAUUCUUAAUAAACAUUUAAUUGAACA